GAACUGCGAGCGGGCAGGCUGCAGAUCACGAGUAGAGGCGAUUUACCUCUGCUGACUGUUGGAAUCCAACUGGCCCAGUAUGGUGGUUUUGUUUGACUUCAUAUAGCACGGGCAGGUUGAGAUUGCUUCCUCUACCUUGCAGAGUGUUACUGGAGUCGCCCGUCCAUCUUAUUGACCGUCAGAAUGUCGAAACGAAGGCCAGUGGGCCUCAGAGGCAAGCCUAAACGACCCCGGAAAGGGAUUUCCCUGGACGUGAAGCUGGAUAUCUUACGAAGGUUCGACGCCGGAGAGAAACUGAGUGCCAUCGCUAGAACCUUGGUGCUGGCUAAAUCCACGGUGGGAACAAUACGGGACAGCAGGGACAAGAUCAAGGCGAUCGCCAAAGUUGCCGCGCCAGUGAGCGCUCGAACCCUGUUCCUUCGCCGCAGCGAGGUGAUGCUCAGCAUGGAACGGCUGCUGAGCCUGUGGAUCGAGGACCAGGCUGAACGCAAGGUGCCUUUAAGUUCCAUGGUCAUCCAAGCCAAGGCCAAGAGGCUGUACAACAACUUAGUGAAGGAAAAGGACAGCGGUGCCCGAGUAAAACCAUUCCUGGCAAGUAAAAGUUGGUUCGACAGGUUUUGCAAGCGAUUUAAUCUACACAAUAUUAAAGUCAGUGGUAACCUUGUUGGUACAGACUUUGGAGCUGUGAGGAAUUCACCCAGUGUCUUGAAGAAGGUGAUUGAUGAAGAUGGGUAUCUGCCAGGACAGGUGUUUAAUGUGGAGGAAACAAGUCUUUAUUGGAAACGCCUGCCCGACAGGACCUUUAUUUCACAAGAUGAGAAGACUGCAGGGAGCUUGAAUGCUUCCAAAGACCGGCUGACGCUACUGAUGGGAGGCAACGCCGCGGGGGAUUUCAAGUUGAAGCCCGUGUUGGUGUACGGGUGUGAGAGUCCCAGAGCUCUCAGUGGCUACGCCAAGCCCAGCCUCCCUGUGAUCUGGCGCUCCAACCGCAAAGCGUGGAUGACAAUGUCCAUCUUCCACGACUGGUUCAUUAACCACUUCUGCCCGGCGGUGGAGAGGUACUGUGCCCAGCGCAACAUCCCCAACAAGGCUUUGCUCAUUCUAAAGAACGGGCCCAGCCGCCCACUCAACCUGAACGACCUCUCCAGCACGGUGAGAGUUGAGUACCUGCCCAAGGAGACGGCCGCCCUGUACCAACCCAUGGAGCAGGGUGUGAUUGCCAACUUCAAGCGCUAUUACUUAAGGAGGACUCUCCAGCAAUUGGUGUGUGCGACUGAUGGGGAAAGUAAACCAACCGUGCGGGAGCUUUUGGACAAGUUUAACAUCAUGAGUGCGAUGGACAACAUAGCCGAGGCGUGGGGCGAGAUGGAAGCGUCCACAAUGAACGGCGCUUGGAAACACGUCUGGCCGGGUUGUACGAACAACACGAGCCUGCCGCCAGCGGAGACGGUGGAGAAGAUCACCAGGGAUAUUGUUGCGCUGGCCAACGAGGCCGGCUUUCACAACGUGGUGGAGGGCGAUGUGAUCCAGCUGUUGGACUCACACCAGGAGGACCUGUCCGAUGAAGACCUCGUGUGGCUGGAGCAAGAGCGAGCCUCGGAAGCGGUGGACGACACAGACUCGCCGCCCGCCCCACUUCAGCUCACCACCGACCACCUGUCCGACGCCUUGACCUACAUCGACCAGGUGGUGGACAUCCUCAGCGUCAACGACCCGAACCGGGAGCGCAGCCUGAAGGUCGGCCGCUUACUGCAGGACGCCGUCAGCUGCUACAAGGACUUGUACAAGGAGAAAAUACGCCGGCAGCAACAAAUAACUCUCGAUACUUUGCUGGUCUGCAAAACAGAGCCUCCCUCUCCCCCCGUGUGACUAUAGUCCACUCCUGCCCCAUCACAACAACCACACUGCACACUGCUCCACUCACCACUGUAUGUUUGUGUGUACCAAUUAUGAAUACUAUUAAUAUUACCAACUAAUAACAUUAUUAAACUAUUACGUAUAUUUAAUAUA